AUGGGCGAUGAAAUAACAGGAUCAGCGAUGGAAGAGGAGUUAGAGAAAGAUGAAAUGAAGAACAACAGUGGAGUAAAGAAGUUUGAAGUGAAGGCUCUACAAACCCCACAAACUGUAGAUUAUCCAAGCUUCAAUCUUGUAAUUGUUGGUGAUGGUGGAACUGGAAAGACAACUUUUGUCAAAAGGUAUCUCACUGGUGAAUCCGAGAAAAAAUAUGAACCCACUAUCGGUGUGGAGGUUCACCCAUUAGACUUCUUCACAAAUCAUGGGAAAAUCCGCUUUGAUUGCUGGGACACCAUUGGACAAGAGAAAUUUGGUGGACGUCUUCGUGAUGGCUACUACAUUCAUGCACACUGUGCAAUUAUCAUGUUUGAUGUUACCGCGCGUCUGACCUACGAGAAUGUUCGUACGUGGCAUAGAGAUCUUUGCAGGGUUUGUGGGGACAUUCCCAUUGUUCUCUGUGGAAACAAAGUUGAUGUCCAGAACAGGCAGGUUGAGGCAAGACAAGUUACGUUUCACAGGGAGAGCAAUUUAGAAUACUAUGAGAUCUCAGCAAAGAGUAACUACAACUUUGAGAAGCCUUUUCUGUACCUUGCUAGAAAGCUUGCUGGGGAUGCUAAUCUUCAAUUUGUGCAAUCACCUGCACUUGCUCCGCCAAAAGUACAAAUUUUCUUAGCUGCACAGCAACGGUAAGAUAUCUUUUUCUUGUGGUGUUCCAUUAUUUUGUGUUUCUGCUUGAGAUUUGUUCUGUUU